AGGAUUAGAAUUCAAAAACAGAGGCCUAUUAGUCAGUAAUCAAUCCAAAAAUUAUUCAGUAAUUACACAACUAAGCAAACCCCUCAUUUCAUUUUUUCCAACUCUCAACGCUCCCAUUGAUCACCAUUUGAAAAAGCUUUAUUAAUCACUCUUUUUCUUUAUCCUCAUCAAAAACCUCCCAACCCCACAUAGAAAGGUGUGCCUUUACUAUAAUUAGUAGAGUAUAUAUAAAAAUUUAUUGCUAUAAAGAAUGAUUAUAUAUCAAGGUAUAGUAGCAGUUGCAAUGGCGAGAAAUCCUUCUUUAAUCAGAGCAGAACAGCCUAUGGCUUCAGAUCUCUCUUCAACCGACUGCACGGCUCUCCGUGGCGGCGCUUCCCUUCACCGCCGCCGUGACCUCGUCUUCGUCGUUAAUCCCCGAGGAGCUAAUGGAACAACGGUUCAGCAAUGGAAGAAGCUACUUCCUUACCUAAGGUCUCGCUUGGGUGAUGACUGUAAUAUAUGCGAAUCUUUAACUUCAGGUCCUUCUCAUGCCAUUGAUAUAACAAGAGAGGCUAUCCGUGAAGGAGCUGAUGCUGUAAUUGCAGUGGGCGGUGAUGGGACUCUUCAUGAGGUUGUUAAUGGCUUCUUCUGCAGUGGAAAACCUGUUUGUAAUCAUGAUAUGAACUCCAGUCAUUCAACUGCUCUUGGCAUAAUCCCCUUAGGUACUGGAUCUGACUUUGCCAGGACGCUUGGCUGGAAAAAUGAUCCUCAUGACGCCAUAGAACGCAUUGCUAAAGGGCUGAAAUCCAAAAUUGAUGUUGGAUGCAUAACUGGAGAAAUUGGAGAAUCCCAUUAUUUCAUCAAUGUUGCUGAUAUUCAUCUAAGCGCAAAAGCAGGUUAUUAUGCCUCAAGGUACAAGAAAUUUGGAAACUUAUGUUAUGUUAUUGGUGCUUUGCAAGCUUUCUUUCGGCACCACAACCAAGAUUUAAGGAUCAAGGUUGAUGAGGGGGGAUGGGAAGUAUGUUCCCAAGUAACUGCUCUUUGCAUUGGGAAUGCAAAAUAUUUUGGUGGCGGAAUGAAGAUUACACCAAAUGCCAACCCCUCAAGCGGGGAUUAUGAGGUGGUCAUCCUGCAGGACUUCAAGUGGUAUGAUUUCAUUUUCAAAAUGCAUAAGCUGUACAAUGGGACACACUUAUCAGUGAAAAAUGUAUCUUCAAGAAGGGCACGUUCAAUUGAAGUCGAAGAGAUUGGAAGCAAUAGCUCAAUAUAUGUUCAGUCUGAUGGAGAAUUCUUAGGAUUCCUUCCUAGGAAGUUUUCUUUACUACCUGGUGUUAUUGAACUGAUUUGCUAAUCUUAAAGAAAAAACUUAAUGAAAGGACAUGAUUUUGGAAAUAAUUUAGUAAGCAGUUUUAGGACUUCAUUUUGGAGGCAAGUUGGUAUAUUUCAUGUGUACUCAUAGUUGCAGAAGAUUGAACCCACUGGAAAUGCUAGAUAUUUGAACUGGUCUUGUUAGCAUUUCAUUGUCUACACACAGUUAAUUGCUGCAAUAAUUUGUAGAAAUUCAGAUUAGUUGUUUGCUUUUUUUUU